AUGGGACGAGCUUCACCAUUACUUGUAAUAUGUUUGGUUCUUGGUUCUUCCUUUGCUACAUACAAUUUGGUCACAAUGAUAAUCCACUAUGGAUCGUUAGAAAGUGUAGCUACCGAGGAUGGUGGAUUGUUUUUUGACCCUAUUAUCGAGAUGCCUGAACAUGUGAAGAACCGAAAAACAUCUAAAGUACCGUUUCAUAUUGCGCUAACGGCUACCGAUGCUAUGUACAGCAAAUGGCAAUGCCGCAUCAUGUAUUACUGGUAUAAGAAACAAAGGAGUUUACCCGGGUCAGAGAUGGGAGGAUUCACUAGAAUUUUGCAUUCUGGAAAGGCUGACAACUUGAUGGAUGAAAUUCCUACUUUUGUUGUUAAUCCUCUUCCGAAAGGUCUAGACCGGGGAUAUGUCGUUCUGAAUAGACCAUGGGCUUUUGUUCAGUGGCUGCAAACGGCCAAAAUAGAGGAAGAAUAUAUUUUAAUGGCAGAACCUGAUCACAUAUUUGUACGCCCUCUUCCCAAUCUGGCAUAUGGAGCACAUCCAGCUGCUUUUCCAUUUUUUUAUAUUAAGCCGGAGGAGAACGAAAAAAUAGUAAGGAAAUAUUACCCUGAGGAAAAGGGACCGGUUACAAAUAUUGAUCCGAUUGGCAAUUCUCCUGUAAUUAUCAGAAAGGAUUUGAUUUCAAAAAUUGCUCCCACAUGGAUGAAUGUUUCAUUGGAUAUGAAAGAGGAUCCAGAGACCGAUAAAGAGUUUGGUUGGGUGUUAGAAAUGUAUGCUUAUGCUGUUGCAUCUGCCCUGCAUGAUGUGAAACAUAUUCUACGGAAAGACUUCAUGCUACAGCCACCGUGGGAUCUCGAAACUUACAAUAGGUUCAUUAUUCAUUAUACUUAUGGGUGUGACUACAGUUUAAAGGGUGAAUUGACUUACGGUAAAAUUGGCGAGUGGCGAUUUGACAAAAGGUCACAUUUAGAAAGACCCCCACCAAGAAACUUGCCUUUACCUCCUCCAGGUGUUCCUGAAAGUGUGGUGACUCUGGUAAAGAUGGUGAAUGAAGCUUCUGCUAACAUCCCCAAUUGGGAUACAUUGUAA